GGGCGCGAAGUGGUUUGUCAGCUACAGAUCGCACCUGGCCGGUUCACCGGCUCAAAAUUCUUCCUCUGUGGAAGGACCUCCGCUCCCGAAACCAUAAACUCCAACCAGAGGAUGGAAGUUGUGAGUAAUAUUCAGACUGACUUCCACAGCACCAAAGGGUCUUUCAGAAGCCCUCCAUCCCUUCUUCUGGACAGCUUUGUGGAGGAGUCCCAGCAUACAACUGAUGUUCCCCAUCACCUCCUGGAAUCAAAGAUUUAUACAAAGCUAUUAAGAAAUAAUGCUAUACAAGCUAAACCUGCUAUCAUGCAUUAUGGAGGAUUUGAGGUAGAAAAACAUCAUCAGCAAGUGCUGAAACUGAUAAAUAUUUCCGGAGAAGUUAUAAACAUCCAUAUUAUUCCGCCAGAGACAAACUAUUUCCAGAUCAAAUAUAACAAAAUUCAGCGGCUUGUCCCUGGCUUGUCCUUUACAGUAACAGUUGAUUUUUGCCCUGAUGAAUGGCGAUACUAUUACGACUGCAUCCGAAUCCAUUCUCAGGGAGAUGAAACUUUGCUGAUCCCUCUCCAUGCCUAUCCUGUGAUGAAUAAUGUAGAUUUUCCAGCCUACAUUAAUUUGUCGGAUGUUCCUUUGGGACAAUGUAAGUCCUAUGUGAUCCCACUGCAGUGUAGCUGCCCCAUAGAUUUUGAGUUUCAGAUUGAGUACCUUCAAUCCCACAAAGCCUUUACUGUACAACCCAUGUCAGGAAUAAUUCCAGCCAGUGGGAAAACAGAAGUGAUGGUUACAUUUGCACCUUUUGAAUAUGGGACAGCCCAAAUAAAAAUCCAGUUGUGGAUUUCGCAGUUUAACUCAAAACCUUACAGUUGUACAUUCACGGGAACAUCUAUUCCACACCUAAACUUUAUAAGAAGAGAUUUGGAGAACCAAGAGUCAGUUUUGCAAAGAAUACCAAAGUCUGCUGAAAAAGCAGUGUUAUGCCUGCCACAGAAAACACGAUCACCAAAAGACAAAAAGCCCAGGCCGCUACAAAAAGGACAGACUAUUGAAUAUAAAAACUUGAGGUUCCCUGUUGAUUUGUCAAAUCCUUACGCUGUGGGAACAGUUUUGAUUCAGGAACCAGGCAAAUUGAAGAUUAAACAUUUAAGGGAAGUCCUAGGAGGACAAGGUGAUGGAGGAACUAAAACACGACAGAUAAAAGAAGCCGUUUUUCAACUAAAAGUCAAACAGGAUAUACAAGAAGAGGAAAUUAAUCAACUUAAGUGGCAAGUUCAUUUAGGUAAAGAUCCAAUAUGUCCAACUCUUCAAAAGCAAAUCCUUGAAGAUCGACUGAAAGAAGAAGAAAUUUACAAGAUUAAAAGAAGAGACCCCAUUCUGGAGAAGGAAUUUGAAAGAAAGCAUAUUGAAAUCUCUCUGAAACGUAUCGUCCGACACAUCAGUGAGCGUCCCCAAUUUCAGCCUACUUUUGACCUUCUGCUUAAUAAUCCUUGGUAUCACAAGCACAGAAUUCAGCAACGAUUCCAACAAGCUGCACGAAAGGUCCUGAUUCAGAUUCGGCUAGAUAAAGUGAUAAAUUUGCUUCAUGACGUAUUUAAGCAGUACAAAGAACAAGAGGAAGAAGAGAAGAGAUUGAUAUCAGAAUGCAGCAGUUUUAAAACAUCCAGCACCGCUGCUAUAAAUGAAGAGGAGAAGAGAAUGCCUUUUGCCUUGAUUGCAGCUCGAAUACAGCCGUUUGAAUUCCCUACUUACAAUCCACCACAAUGGGCUGUUGAACUGGCACCAGAAGUUUUGGGCAUAGUUCCUCUUAAGUCUGCUUCAGUGAAAAUCAAACAGCUCCACCACUUUUAUGAUCUAAAGGUACCCCAGCAUUUCAGUAGCAUGGCAUAUCAACCAUUCUGUGUACAUCAUGCAGCCACUAGUUACAAGGUUCCAAAAUAUUCUCAAACUCUGAAAUCAGGCGCAGAGGAAGAGCUGAUUCCACUAAUACCUGCCUCUGAAGAAGAACCCUCAGUUACACAGGCUGAGGAAUGGGACACUUCCCUCUUAAACCUGAAAGCCCCCGAAGCUUUGCUUCACCCUCCAAACCAUCAUCCACUUCAAAUUUUUAAUCCUUGUCCGGGACUGCUUGAUCUCAAGCUACCCCUACCCUAUACAGAAACCAACAUGGAAUAUCAUGUUUGCCCUCUUCCAAAAUUUCCAAAUUGCAAUAAAUUCCCAAACGGCACUACAGUUACACAAAAGAAGUUUCUUCAUCAUAGGGAAGUGAUUCGUGGUGUGACUAACUGGAGAAAAUUCCCACCAGUUAUCAAUUCAACCUUAUCGGGCACAGUGCCUUUGAGUAAUACGGCAGUGCCAUUUUGCAUUGAUCCUUAUAACCCCGACAUGCUUCCAGAUGAUGCGCCUCCAAUUCUGCAUGAGUUACCACAACAAGACAAGGAAAAUGUGGUGGACGAAGCAAUUGAAGGAGAGGCUGCCGUCUUACUUACACCACAGAUGAUAAAAGCCGAAUUUCCACAGAUUGACUUCUUAGCAGAAGAGAAUAAAUCAAAGGAGGGAAGUGAAGGAAAUGCAGAAAUGAAAAUUGGUUCUUUUACAUCUCUAUAUAAAUCUGUGCCUAUUUCCAGUGAUGUGAGGGACAUCGUGGAUUCAUAUAUUGCAAGUCAGAAAAAUAUAUAUGGCCGAAGGAUUUCAGAAACUGCGGAGAAACUGAAAGAGAAGACAAUUGACAAGACUAUGAUCCUAAAUUAGAUUGUCUCCUUGGGACAGGCUUGAAUGUUUUUAAGUGCCAUCCACAUUUUUCUAUGCUUCUUAUAAUGUGAGUCACCCAGUAGGGACACACAACAUUCUAGUGAUUCAGGAACAGAACAUUCCAGAGAGUUCCAAAAUAUUCGUUUCCCUUUUAGAUUAUGUCAAACCGAGGAGCAAUGGAACAUUCCAUUGUUUUUCCCACUUCUAAAUUGUCAAAUUUUGCUGGUCCUUAGUGCCCCUACUGUUAUACUUCCAUGCAAGAUACUAUAACUUUGCAAAUUAAAUUGUAUUUGUGCAGGAGCCUCUGCUACACAAAAUGAGGCAUAUAUUUCCUAGCUACUGAGAUCAACUUUGUAUAUUAGCAGAGGAAAGAGUGUCAAAUAAGUUGUUACGGGUGUGAUAAUCCUCUUUGGGUUAAUUUCCAAUUUGAUCUUCUAUGUUCCUUAUUUCUUACUCUCAUCUCCUAUGUGGCCUAUUUAAUUAUUGCUGUUAAUAUGUAUAUAUUUAUCCAUCCCAUUAAAAUUCCUAGACUGGCCAGUGUAUAUACAUAAACCCACCUAAACUAUUUUUAUAUCUGUGCACGUAUAGUGUUGUCAGUCUCCUGUGAAUGAACACUUACCGCUUUCCAAUAAAAUGUAGAGAAGGUACUA